AUGGACGAGGAGGAGAACCCCAACGAUGGCCCUGGGCUCAUCAAACUGGACAUGAAGCAGUUUGGCUCGGGCACCAUGGAGGAUCCGUUGCGCCAUGCGGUGGCCAUGCGCACCGCGCAGGACCAGUACAAGAUGCAGAUGUGGAACAGCUUUCCCCCGCUAUUCCAGAACACCAUCUUUCACGGCGAGCAGGACCUGAGCAUCGCGGCGCUGCGCAAGGCCUCGCUCGCCGAGCGCUUGGCAAGGGCCAAGGAGCUCAAGGAGGAGGGCAACAGCCUGCUGAAGUCCAGGAGCUCGAAUGCUGAGAAGCCUGUGGAGGAAUCUCCGGAGCUGUCCCAGGAAAUUGAGCGGGUGGAGGCGGCUAUUUGGGAGAAGGAGAGGGAGCUGAAGGAGCUCCGGCAACAGUUGGCGUCCUUGAAGGCACAAGUGAAGCCAAAGCAGGUGCCGCAGGAGAUUUCGGAGGACUCCGAGCGUCAGGCUUUGGAAGAGGCGGUGCGCCGCUAUGAGAAAGCGGCGGGAUUGCUCAGAUAUGUCGAGUGCAUCCGACCCGACUGGAAAAACGAUGACGGCUCCUACAAGGGCAUCGAGGAUGAGUGGCUGAGGGUGGUGGAUUUGAAAGACCUCGAGGAGCCCGCGGAAGCCAAGGAGUUGGUGUCCUCCUGCUAUUUGAACAUUGCCUUAGCCUCACAGAAGCUCGAAAAGUUCGAUGACAUGAAGAAGGCGUGCGACGAAGUGCUGGGCAAGGUCAAUCCUUCCAGCGCGAAGGCGCUGUACCGCCGCGCUUGCGCACGGAUGGCCCCGGCCUCGGCCGUGGAUGCGGACCGAGACGCCGCGAUACAGGACCUGGUAGCGGCGGCCAAGCUUGCGCCGCAGGACAAGGAGGUGCGAAGCUUGCUGAACAGACUGCGGGACGAGAAGAAGAAGCAGGAGUUGGAGAAGCGGAGCACCUUCGGAGGCCUCUUCCAACGAGGUGAAGUGGUCAAAGAGGUGAAGGAGACGAAUCCGAAGGCUGAGCCAAGUAACUGGGACUUGAACGACCCCAAGGUACAAGAGUUCUUGGACAUCCGACCAGGCUCGCAUGUAAGCAAGACACGGCCCAAGACGGGCAGGUGUACAAAGACCCGCAGCGACCGCAAAACUAUGGUUGCCACUUGGAAGGAGGCCACGCACACUGGCAAGUUGUACCUGAAGUACAAGGACUUCGACCCGCUGGAGGGCUCCAUCUGCUGCGGCACGCAGCUGGCGUACAGCCCCUACGGCUUCGUGGGUUGUUGCGGGGGCGGCAUGCUGUCCUUCCUGGGGCGUUGCUUCACCUACGACAAGACCGCGGACGGCUACUUGCGGGGCGAGGGAGUGGCGGGCAUUUUCCUGGAGCUCCAGGAGUACAGCAAAGAGGCCUUUGCCGCUAUGCCUGCCAGCCAGGCGAACCAGGACGGCAAGAGCGCCAGCAUCACGGCGCCCAACGGCCCGUCCCAAGAGAAGUGCAUCAAGGCGUGCUUCCGCGAGGCCAAAUAUUUGCCCUCGGAGGUGGAUUGCUUUGAGACGCACGGCACCGGCACGGCCCUGGGUGAUCCCAUCGAGGUGGGCGCGUUUCGGCGUAUCUACGUGCAGAGCCCACGGGUGCAGCCCUUGCUGGUCACCAGCUCCAAGACGAACCUCGGGCACCUCGAGGGCUGUGCAGGCAUGGCGGGCUUCAUCAAGUGUGCCCUGCAGGUGAUGCGCUGCGAGUGCAGCCCCAACAUCCACCUCCGGGAGAGGAAUCCGCACCUCGAGACCGAAGGAUUCCCGGCUCAGUUCGUGUCGGAGGGCAUGGUCACGCAGUACAACAGCUGCGUCUCUGGAGUCUCUUCCUUUGGCUUCGGCGGCACCAAUGCCCAUGCCAUGGCAUUUGGGCAGAACAUCUGCACCAGCAGAGACGUCACCAGGAAGGACUUCAGGCGAGGUUGGGCAGAUCACCUGGCAAAGUGA